AUGAACAGGAAAGGGAAAAAAGCAGCACAGAUGAACAGGAAAGGGAACAGUAGCACAGAUGAACAGGAAGGGAACAGUAGCACAGAUGAACAGGAAAGGAAAAGCAGCACAGAUGAACAGGAAAGGAACAGUAGCACAGCAGAACAGGAAGGGAACAGUAGCACAGAUGAACAGGAAGGAAAAGCAGCACAGAUGAACAGGAAGGGGAACAGUAGCACAGCAGAACAGGAAGGGACAGUAGCACAGAUGAACAGGAAAGGGAACAGCACAGAUGAACAGGAAGGGAACAGUAUGAAUGAACAGGAGAGGAACAGUAGCACAGAUGAACAGGAAGGGGAACAGUAG